AUGUUGAAAACUGCUUCGAAAGUGACCAUAAAUACUGGGAAUGUGUUAAAUCUUAUUGAUAUCAAGAAAAAAGCUGGACAAAAUGUCACAGAAGAGCUUUCUGAAAGCAUCAAACUAACUCUAUCAGAAUGGAGUAAUCAAAACGGUCAGAUUCAAAACGGUACAGCACUUACAGACGAUUCAGAUUACAUGGUUGUGUCUACAUCAGCUAACAGUGAAGUAGUAAAUAUAACAAGGCCACAUGAUGACGUGCAAAAGAAAAUGGCGGAAGAGGAACGCAAAAACUUAAAAAUUGGAGUCAAAAUAUUCAUAAAUGAAGAUAGUACAACAGCAUUGAGGGAAUGCUUGGAAAAUGUUUUCACAGCCCUACGCACAGGACAUAUAGAAAAUGUAAUACUGGCGUACAACCCUGAUCUAACGCAUCGUGAGGAAGUUAAGGAUGAUGCUAAAAUUAACAGUGCGUUUACGAAGGCAUCUCCUAUAUCCUUGGGCAGUAAUGUUGUACGCAUGCCGAGCACAGAAAUGGAGCCGGAUAGUGAGGCGGACGCGAAGAAGUGCGAGGCCAUCCUGCCCGGCAUCAAAGUGUUGUGGGCGGUGCUAGAAGAAUAUGUUAAAGAAGGUCGCGUCCAACAGCUGGGCGUGGCGGACGUGGGCGGCGGCUGCCUGUACAAGCUCCACGCGUGGGCGCACAUCAAGCCCAGCAUCGCGCAGAUAAACCUGGCGUCGUGCUGCGUGGUGCCGCCCACCCUGCACGAGUUCUGCAAGACCAAUGAUGUCCAGCUCCUUACACAUGGAGAUCCCCCGGAUUUCUUAUCUCUAGCCGCAAUAAAGACCCUUUCAGACGCAGGCAUCGGCUGCAACAAUCUCGACUGGUGUGCCAGAUACCAAGUUCAUAUCAAGUGUAGGGGAGUCCUAGCACUUAAAGGAUAUGUGUGUAAAGCUACCCUCGGGAAAAAA